UCUCUUUUUCACGGAAAGCCAGUGGCAGGGAGGGGGCACUGAUCUUAGUAACUAUUCACCUUCUGACAUCAGAAACCUCCGAUGCAACACACAAGACUGCCGUCGCGAAAUCCCUGAUCACGAACAUGAAGCUCCUUCCCCUCCUCACAGCUGCGACCUGCUUCACGCCCCCAGCUCCCUCAUUCUUUGUACCACAAGUGAUGAAGUUUUUUUUCCAGAUCACAUGAGCCAGGAUGAAGGGGAAAAUCCUGCCAGGAACAGAGAUGGGCUGCGACCUGAACCUGAUCAAGGGGAGAUACAGACCAGUACCCUGAGAGCUAUAUAAGAAGGUGCUUGGCACAAGAGCAAACACUUUUUCAGAUGAAAGACUCCUAUGAAUCAGCCAUGCAUGUGAAUGAAGACACCGUUUCAAGGAGGCUUGGAGCCACUAACAAAACUUUUUUGUAUUUCAUCAUCGCUACCCUUGUUGUGUUACUCGUCUUUGCGUUAUCCACCAUCAUGGUCUUAGUUAUCCGGAGGACGGCAGCUGAUCCUGCCAUGGAGGGCAGCACAGAACGGAUCCGCAAAGGGAACAAUUCCGAAGACUAUUUAAGAAUCCUACAGAAUGUCCCGGCCAAGGGAGCUGCUGCGUACAUGAGAGUGUCAAAUUCAGUCAACAGCUCGAAGCUGAGCUUGACUGGGCAGAGUAUAUGUGACAACAUCCAGUGCAAGAGCGAGGAGCUGGUGAUCCGUGAAAAGGGCCUCUACCUGAUCUACUGCCACCUCAACCUCCACUUUGCCAACUGUUCCCACAGCCCCACAGACCUCAAGAUAGAGCUCCUCAUCAACGACGAAGUCAACAGGCAGACCUUAUCCACGUGGUGUGCAUCAGACUCGUGCCAAGAAAAGAAUUUUAAGACCUUGUUCCAGCUCCAUUUGACGUACUUGAACGUGGAGGACCGGAUAUCAGUAACACUCAGCCAUCCUAAAUUCCUGAAUGAAAUUCACCUUCCCAACGAUAACGUGCUCGGGGUCUUGAGGUACAGCGAUGAGAUCUGAGGAGCUUUCUGGCUCCCCACUGCUGCACAGACUUUCUCUGUCUUCCUCUGAUGACAGCAGCCUGCUUUUACUAGGCUACACCUUGUUUUAUGUUUCCUAUCUUACCUCAUCGUUAGGGUAAAUGAGGAACUUUGUGCCCCAGAACGAAAUCUUAAAACACUGCAAUACCCACAGCUGGCAGACGUCAGGUUGCUCUGGUUUGGUCAUGGUAGGGUUGCUGUUGGACAGCAGAUCCAGCAGCACAGAUGUGGCAGCGGGUUCUCCAAGCAAUGCAGUGCAAACACAGCCCGAAAUGCAACCAGAUUAUGGGAAGAGCACACAUUAUCAAGACUUCUUGGCUAACGCACUGCUGACAGAUUGCCUGUGCUCAGGAGAUGGGGAAAUCCUUUUGAUCUGAAUUUUGUGGAACAGUAUUUUGACACGGUCGUUCCAAAAAAACCUAACAACCAACGCUUGUAAUUAAGGCUUUCUUUUCAACUGGAGCAUGCAACCACAACUCUGGAGUGAGUUUAUGGAUAGAUCAUGCUAAGGAAAGAGGAAAUUGCUGACUCCCAGGCUGGUAGCUAAAACUCUGGGACAGAGUGUAGGAGACUGGGGACUCACCAAACGUUUCUGUGCUGCAUUCUGCUACAAACUUUAUGCAGUUUAGUUCCAAGUGUUUUCCUUUUCACUAUUUAUCCAUCUUCUCUAUUUAAAAUUAAGCUCUUCGGGGCAGAGCCUUUGUAUAUGCACCAUGUUCAGCCUCUGUUCUCACCUGGAACUUCUAGGCCUUUCCGUAAUUAAUAUUAAAAGAUGAUCUUCUUUGCCACGUGACAAAGGAGUUUGUUACGAUGCUUUUCCCCCAAAUUGUGCCCUGCCUGUUUGGCAGUUCCCUGGGUGACACGACAGCACAGUGCUGUGUAAACACAUCCCAACAUCUGAACUGUUGGAAAAUCCAAGAUUUAGAUCUGAGGUCCCAACUUUCCCAAGGAUGAUUUCAUAGCUGGCCAUCAGCUACAAGCUGUGGCAUUCGGACAGUCCAGAUUUCAUUUCAUAUUCUUUGAGUUAUGAGGUAAUGAAUGAUGCAAGCAACCUCAGGUCCUCGUACUCCGUGAAUUUCAGUAACACAGGCUUUUAUUUUAAAUCUGAUUUUCACCAUGAGAGAAUGUAGGAAAAAGUUGCCAAGGAUUCAGGCUUUCCUUUUCUCCCUUCAUCUCCGGGGUUCUACCGUGGCCAGUUGUUGUUGGCAUUCAGCUUUUUCCCUUUGGUCUGUUUAUCCUUCUUUUCACAUGACUAAGACUGGGUGAACUGUUUACACCUAAACUUUCAUCAUGGAUUUAGCUUAGAAAUCAGUUUCUGGCUUCCAAAACCCCGGAAGUCUUUCAUUGUUCGGGCUUAUCUGAUGAUCAGUUUGUGUGAGCAUACUCAAAAUGCUUCUCAUGGAAGUAAUUUUUUACUUGUGAUAUUUCCUGCUACAUUCUUGAGGGUUCAAUCCAUUAACCAGGUGAUUUCAAAACGCGACAAACCUUUCAAAGGGUCAGAAAUAGUCAGGCUGACUCACUGCUAUGGAUAUCUACUUUCUGUUUUGAUAAACACUGACGAAAACAAAAAUUCCUUCUGCUAUUAAUGACCAAAGGAAAAAAAAAAAAAAAAAAAAAGAAAACGAAAUUUGUGUUUUCUUUUUUCCUUUCCACAUUAAAGAAACUUAAAAGAAUCCCCAUGAUAUGUUCAUGUCAUUGUCACCUCCAUUGCCGUCACCUCACCCCUCUGGACCCCAUCAAUCUUUCCCAUCUUGGAACAGGGCUUUUAACUUCUAUCUGCCACAGCCUUGAUGAGUACCACCAAUGUCCAGAGAAGUGUCAGCAAGACUGGCAGUGAGGAGCUAUAGCUCCUGAAUAUUGAGAAGGCAACUAAUGAGUGAAAAUAUGUGUUUACUCCCUGCACUCCCACCUUUUCCUAAGUGCUUUGAAUUGAAAGAGAAAGCCCAUUCUUUAAAAAGCUAAAGGAGCUCUCUUCGUAGGAUCAUUUUAUUCUAUUAUUUUGCCAGAUGGAGAAAAUCCUGACAAAGCAGCACUAAGCCUCUCAGCUCGUGGCUUUUUAAUACUGAGGGAUAAAACUAUUUGGCCUCUACUCCAUUGCCUCUGAGAACUAAGAAUAAAUUAGAGCCAUAAAGAGGGCUCAUUAAUAGAGUGAUUUUGCCAUUGGUUGUAAAACUGUUAGAUAGCUCUCACUGAAGCGAGGCCCUGAGCCAAGCAGCAGCCUCCUUGCUUUCUGGCAUUCUCCAAGUCACUUCACUCUUUCCUCAUGUUUCCUUCUCUGAUUUCCCAGUUCUUUGGGCCAGUUUAUUUUUGACAACAACUCUCUGCUAAAAAAGUAAAUCCAGGCUGAUUCUUUGCACAAUGCCACGACUCUUCAGCAGAAUCCAUGGCAACGCUUUGGGAAAGAACCCGGUCCCAUGGUCUCAGCUUCCCACUGGCUCUGCUCACCCCAACCUGCCCUUCCCUGAGCCCUGGAAGCUCCAAGGAGUGGACAGUGACGGAUAAAACCUGAAAAUUCCUUCCCCAGUUUUCAGUUGUGGCAAAUGUGCAGCUGUGUGUGUGUGCUUCAUUGCUAAGUGGACCAGGGAGGAUGCAGCAGCAUCUCACCCUUCUCAGAAGGGAUCACACUCUUAAACUGUGUUAAACUGUAUUACUGGCUUAAUUCUGGCUGUUGUUAAGUACCGUAAGAAAUUUUAGUAGGAAACUUAAACAGAAGUCAAGCCAGUGCAAUUCACUUCCAUCCAAGCUCACCCAGGGGCAGCAAAUCAAAGUCAAAUCAUGUUUGAUACCAGAGAGUGUAGAGUUGGAACUGAACUUCCCUGAAGCUGCCAGGCUUUGAGUCCAGGAUGGACUGCACUUCAGAAGGCUCAGCAUCACCCCCUGUGGAAUUGUCCUGAACUCAAACUUAUCAGAGCUCAUAUCUGAAAAUGAGGUCAUCUGACCUCAUUCGUUUGAGGUUAUCUGACACGCAUGCGUUUGUCAGGCUGCAUGAAUGCUUACAGAGGACACGGAGAUUUGCAUUUGCUUGGCUGAUGGUUUCAUUUCAUUUUAUGUUCUUCCACAUUUCUCAGAUGGAGGAAAUUGCAGUCACUGAGGGAAGAAUCCAUCGCUGUGCUAUAAGCCAACCCAGGGGCUGUGUUCUACCCCAGAGUGAGCACUCCUCUUCUAAAGAUCCCACCUGGAUCCACACCACUGACCUUCAGCCAUGCGCCCACCUGGUUCUGUGCUCCUCUCACACACACAGAUUCCUUUGGAGAGCAAACAGCAUUCUUGAGGAGCCUCAGCCAUUGCUCUUAAACUUAUCUGCUCUUUUUCAGAAUGUUAGUCUUUGUAGUUCAAUAUUAGAAGCAAUUUAUUUUCAAGCACCCUAUCUAUUAAGGGGAGAAAGGGGCUAAUUGGCAUAAACAACCAAUUAAAAAGCAAAGUUAGUGAGGAGCCUCGCUAACUUUUGGGGACUCCUGGCUGAUGCAUCUCCUAAAAGUGGAAGUGAUGCAGUGCACGUUGGGUGUGAGGAGCAAGGGAAAGCCUCAAAGCAAAGGCAGCUUCUGUACGAGGAACAGCUGUAGAGAGCAAAUUCUGACAAGCAACCCUUGUGACAGCAUAGGUCACACGCCGUGGCCUCAAAAUCCCUUUUCAUGGUGACUGUGGGACUACUAGAACAAAACAUGAUAAACUGUGAGGAAGCAGAGUCUUGGAAAAGUGUUUUGGCUGAGUCUGUUCUGAAGCAGUGCCCCCACCCAGAUGAGCUCAUGUUUAAAAAUCCCCAGUGACCGUUUUCAAAACGGAUUCGGGGAGCUUGGAGGUUUGGGGUGGGUGAGAAUAGAGACGAACCAGAAUGGCACAGCAUACUUUCAAAUGGUUCAAGAAGUUCAAAUGGCUUCAAGGAGAGUGAAAGCCCAGAGCUCCUGACACACAAUUCCUGCAAUGGGGGCAGAGAGCCUUCAUCCCUUCUGCUCUCAGCAUUGCCUCUAGGCUGCAAGGGCUGCUCACAGGCAGCUGCUACCCUCCUCUGUUGCAAGAUGAGGAUGAUGUACGCCAUGAGUAAAUUCAUCAUGUUUUCCUGAGAUGCCAUAUCCUGCAGGAAUUAGCACACCAUUUCCCUUCAACUACAUCCACUGCAUCUAAAUUUAGGAUUACCAUUUCCCUAUACAGCUGGCUUGAAGCAAGAACUUUCGGGAGGUGAGUCACAGCACCCAAAUUAGCUGCCUAUAUUAAACACUGUCAGCUGGUGACUGAGUCUUCACUGAGUCCACUAAGCCCUGGCACUCAUCAGCUCCAGUCGAGACAACAGAAUUCAAGGAUUGUUUAAUCUGUGGCCUGAUCACUUAUGGGCACUUUCUACAGCUUCCUAUGGAGUGCAGUGAGGCUGUGAGACUCCUGGAAAGCCCAUGGCUCUCCAGCAGAGGACAGCUGUACAAACACCAAUGUCAACUGGGAAAGCUGUUGGAUGUAUGCAUGCAAGGAAGACUUUCCCACUUGGGUCGUUUCAUUCCCAGCACUGCAAAUUGCUUGGACUCAUGCAGAACUGAUAGGGGGAGAGCAACAUCUUGUAAUUAAGCACCAAUUCAGUACUAAGACUUCACAAGGAAAUUUUUAUUAAAUAGUUCCCUGUUUUUGUUGUUGUUGUUGUUGUUGUUUGUUCGUUUUAUUCUGCUUCUUCUUAUUUGCUUCUAUUUGUCAUUCUUAUAAAAAAAACGAACGGAGAAAAAGAAAUAUAAAGGAGAAGAAAAGAAAAGAAACCACAGAAAUGUGAAGAAUCUGUAUAAAACCCAGUUUGAGGAGCCAGUGAGCUCUACUGAUGCUCCGACUCCAAGGAAGUGAGUGAGCUUUGACAUAAGCAACUGUCUGAAAAGAAGUAUUUCUAAAGCUUAUGCUUAAGAGGAAGAAUAAGUUUCAUGCUUAAAAAUGAGAACAUGUGAUUUGUUUAUACUUUAUAUGAAUGUAAUUCCAGGGGCUUCAGCUGAGUUCCUCAAGCUUGACAGUGGUAGAAGAGCAGAACUUCUGCCUUUGGCAAGCAGAUUGUGUGCAGAAUAUCAGAACCUUUAUAUGUAAAGGGUAUUUUUUCAUAUAUAAGCCUGUGUUGUGAGACAGUGCAUCGGGGGCUUUAGCAAUAGACACAUGUCAGAGUAAUUGUACUGUGUCAAAUAAAAAAUAUUUUGUUAAUUAUUCCGGUUUAAAUAUUGAGGUGGGGGUGGGGAGGCAGUGUUUUCCUGAAUAAACACAUUCUGAUUCA